AUGAUCGUUUCCCAGGUCUGGCUGCCCUCACUCUUUAUCCUCAACAUCUACCUCAAGCUGUGCCACCCGUGGUCAGUGAAUAAUUUCCUCAUGACCGGUCCCAAGGCCUACCUGAUCUACUCUGGCAGUGUGGCAGCUGGUGCCCAGAGUGGCAUUGAAGAAUGUAAGCAUCAAUUUGCGUGGGAUCGCUGGAACUGCCCAGAGAGAGCGCUGCAGUUGUCCACACAUAGCGGCCUGCGGAGCGCAAACCGAGAAGCUGCUUUUGUCCAUGCUAUCAGCUCAGCUGGUGUAAUGUACACACUGACCAGAAACUGCAGUCUGGGCGAUUUCGACAACUGCGGCUGCGAUGAUUCACGGAAUGGGCAACCAGGAGGACCGGGCUGGCUGUGGGGAGGCUGCAGUGACAACGUGGGCUUCGGUGAGACGAUUUCCAAACAGUUUGUCGAUGCACUGGAGACCGGCCAGGACGCCAGAGCUGCCAUGAAUCUGCACAACAAUGAGGCCGGCAGGAAGGCAGUCAAAGGCACAAUGAAGCGAACCUGUAAGUGUCACGGCGUGUCUGGGAGCUGUACGACACAGACCUGUUGGUUGCAGCUCCCUGAAUUCCGAGAGGUGGGCAACUACCUGAAGGAGAAGUAUCACAAGGCGCUGAAGAUUGACCUGCUGAAAGGAGCAGGCAACAGCGCGGCCAGCAGAGGGGCGAUCGCCGAGACCUUCAGCUCCAUCUCCAAGAAGGAGCUGGUGCACCUGGAGGACUCGCCUGACUACUGCCUGGAGAACAAGACCCUGGGGCUGCAGGGAACGGAAGGCAGGGAGUGCGUGAGGAAGGGGAAGCUGCUCAGCAAGUGGGAGAAGCGAAGCUGCAAGAGGCUGUGCGGGGACUGUGGCCUGGCCGUGGGCGAGAGGCGAGCCCAGAUGAUGAGCAGCUGCAACUGCAAAUUCCACUGGUGUUGCGCCGUCAAGUGUGAACAAUGCCGGAAAACCAUCACCAAAUACUUCUGCGUCAAAAAGGACAAGAGAUCCCGGAACGAGAGCGCCUCCAAGAGGAAGGAAGGGAGGCUUGGAAUGAGGCACUAA